AUGAUUUCCGCCGCACCGAACGCGCUGGGAAACGGCCGCCAUCGCCGUCAAAUUUCCACACCAGCAGCUCCAUUCGAGGUCGCCGCCCCGGCAAUUAUGUCCAAUAUGCAACCUCGUCGCUCACAUCGUCGGGGCCAAACGGUAGACUUCAGCUCUUUCAGCCCACAUGUCGCCAUGGACCGACAGCAUAUGCCGAAGACGGUUUCGCAGCUACGAGAUUAUUUUAACGAAAAAUCAGGUUACCCAUCUCAACAGAGGAACGUACAUCAGUAUCAAUCUUAUGCCCCACAGCCAGAGCAGUCAUAUAUGCCCUCGGGUAUGCCUGUGCAGCAAUCCUAUCAAUACCAGCCCUCGCUCGGCUCUGAUUGCCAGGCCUUCAACCAAGAACAACUGCAAGCGAUCCACGCUAGCACUGGCAGCCCUUCACCAUCUUCGAUCGGUGCUCCGGCUCUGUCCCGGUCAGCCAGCGAGUGCUCUGAAAACACACCAUUGAAGCUCGCUCUGCACCGUAUGCAGCAAGAACAAUUCUCGAACCAGCAAAACCAACAGUUCAUUGACAAUGCCGAUUGGGAAUUGUUCCCCCAGCGCAACAUGCCAAUGGCCCAGAACGAACAGAUGACGGCUUAUGCAGGAUCGAUGCAUCCAGUCUCUGUUCAACCAAAGGCUCCUUCUGCAAGGAUUCUCUCGCAAAUGUCUACUGAUUACGCUUCACCUCUCACCCCAGAUUCUACCCCUUUGAAAAGAUCCAUUGAUUAUUCCAUGUAUAGCAAUGACCCGACACCUACCAAGUCCCAAAGCUUUUCCUUUCCCCAUGUGCCUGCUUCCUGUGAGAUGCAGAAAACCCAGUCCCUUCAAGGAGUCCCUCGUGUCACCCCCAUGCAAGUCAAGCACCAAAUACCCUCGCCCGCCAAUUCCCCUACCGGGUCCUCGUUCACCGAAGUUGCUGAUAUGCCAUCGCCUAGCUCUUAUGGAGUGACCCCGCAAAAGCCCAUGAUCUCAGCACCAUCGUCCACUACCAAAACCAAGAAAGAGUCUCUCUCCCCCGCAUCAUCUGUUAUUCAGCCGGCUGCUUAUGAUGGAGAUCUUGAUGCCAGAGUCAAGGCCUCUGUCCAACAGACUGGUGUGUCAACUGAUGAGAUCGCCAAGUACAUUUCAGGACCUGAUCCCAAGGACGGCAAAUGGGUAUGUCUUUUCACGGACUGCCUUUGCCGCUUUGGCCGGAAGGAGAACAUUAAGUCUCACGUACAAACACACCUUGGAGACCGUCAGUUCAAGUGCGACAUCUGUGAGAAACAUUUCGUCCGCGGACAUGAUCUCAAACGUCACCUCAAGACACACAGCGGCAAUAAGCCUUUCGCAUGUGCUUGUGGUGCCAGCUUCGCCAGACAGGAUGCUCUCACACGUCACCGCCAGCGUGAUAUGUGCGUUGGCGGCUUUACCGGAGUGGUUCCCAAGACCACCAAGCGUGGUCGCCCUCCCAAGAGAAAGAACAACCGUCCUGAUGUCGAUGCUCGCCAGAUUAAGUCCACUCGUACUCGUCAACGGGUCGCCGAAAAGGCCGCCUCGCUACCCUCAAUCCAGACUCACCGUACUCUCCAAGAGGCUCCUGUGUUCAACUCGCCAAACUAUGCACCAUCAGGUGCCGUCUCGUCAUUCACGCCGCCUACCUCCCCUGGCAACAGAUACAACGAUCUUUCCUCACCAUCUGGAACGUACAACUCUCUCGACGCCAAGCUCGAGGAUGACAUGCUGCCACUAUCACCUCCUCAGUUGGCUCAUGCCAGAUAUGAGCAGGCCAUGGCACACUACGGAUCAAAUCUGACUUCUGAGCCGUACUCGCAGGAAUCUAUCUACAGUGGAUCUGCUCUUUCCCCUCGGGAGAUGUCUUCUCCCCACACGGCGCCCACCCUGAUAGAAUCCUCCAUUGGUUCAGAUAUCGAUAUUUUCAUGACGCAAGACCCAUCUGAGGACCUACAGAAGGAGUUUGGACAUCUUACCAACUCAGGUCUGCCGGGUUUCCCAACCUAUCAGUUCAUGGACAGCAGCGACUUUGUCACAUCAUCUUUCUACCCCGAGAAGCACUUCUCUGGUCUACCCACCCUGGACGAUGAGCUGGCAGACCCCAUUGACUGCUUGUCCAAUGAAUUCCUCGUCGACCCUUGA